CAAGGAGAAGCUAUUGGUUCCGUAUCGCUUUCCCUUUGCUCAGGCACUCGGGGGAGGAGGUGUUUGCAUUUCUCCGCAGGACCAGCUCGCUUUGCAGAGCAUUGUCUGGCGAUGGCAAAUUCCUUCACGGCCAGGAGCUGGCCGCCCAUCCCCUGAGCAAAGGCAGCCUGGACAUGACCGGCAGGCAGAUCUUGAUGUGAAGACCUCAAAAUAUCAGCAGAGCCUUUGCUUCAGCCCUAAUCUCAGUGUUAAUGAGCAAAACUUGUCCAAAAUUAGGAGAGAAGAUGGCCAUCAACUGGAAGGUCUGCUUCUUCAGCCUCGUAUUGCUUCCUGUGGUUGCAGCAACCCAUUCCAACUGCAUCAUCAAAAAGGAGCAAGAGACUUGUCUGGAGAAGAUCCGGAGGGCGACGGCCCUGAACCCUCUCAAUGAUUCCUCUCCAGGUUGCCCAGGAAUGUGGGACAAUAUCACAUGCUGGAAACCUGCAAGUGUGGGAGAAAUUGUCUUUGUCAAGUGUCCUGCACUCUUCAGAUUUAUCAUCUCUGAAGAUGGUUGGGAAGUGGAUAAUUUGGGGCAAACUCAUGCAGGUGAUUAUGACCUGCUGGAAAGCACAGCCCAGUCUCUCCUAGGGGACAUCAGCAGGAAUUGCACUGAGGAUGGCUGGUCUGAACCUUUCCCUCAUUAUUAUGAUGCCUGCGGCUUCGAUGAAAACGAAACAGAGUCUGAUAACCAGGAUUACUACUAUCUCUCAGUGAAGGCUCUGUACACGGUGGGAUACAGCACUUCCCUGGUUUCCCUCACCACUGCCAUGGUCAUCCUGUGUCGCUUCAGGAAGCUUCACUGCACACGGAAUUUCAUCCACAUGAACCUUUUUGUUUCGUUCAUCCUCCGUGCAAUAUCUGUGUUCAUCAAGGACGGGGUUCUUUAUGCUGAGCAGGAUGGAAACCACUGCUUCAUCUCCACGGUGGAAUGCAAAGCAGUGAUGGUGUUUUUUCACUACUGCGUCAUGUCCAACUACUUCUGGCUGUUCAUAGAGGGGCUGUACCUCUUCACUUUGCUGGUGGAGACCUUCUUCCCAGAGAGGAGAUAUUUCUACUGGUACACAAUCAUUGGCUGGGGUACCCCAACAAUUUGUGUCACUGUCUGGGCAGUGCUGAGGCUCCACUUCGAUGACACUGGCUGCUGGGACAUGAAUGACAACACUGCCUUGUGGUGGGUGAUCAAGGGUCCCGUGGUUGGGUCCAUCAUGAUAAACUUUGUGCUUUUUAUUGGCAUAAUUGUGAUACUUGUGCAGAAACUCCAGUCACCUGACAUCGGGGGCAAUGAAUCCAGCAUUUACUUCACCCUCCCUCUUCCUCCCAGAUGCAGCUGCAGUCCCUGCCCAGGACACUUGCGCAGCUGCGUUCAGAAAUGCUACUGUAAGCCUAAGAGGGCUAACCAGCACUCUUGCAAGAUGUCAGAACUAUCAACCAUUACCCUGAGACUGGCUCGCUCCACCCUGCUGCUGAUCCCUUUGUUUGGAAUUCACUACACGGUGUUUGCCUUUUCUCCUGAGAACGUCAGUAAGAGGGAGAGGCUGGUGUUUGAAUUGGGACUGGGAUCCUUCCAGGGUUUUGUUGUUGCUGUUCUCUACUGCUUCUUGAAUGGGGAGUUUCUCCCUAAAGGUGCAAUCAGAAAUAAAGAGAAAAUGGAGGAGCUGGAAAGUCAACCGGUAUUUUGCUGUGGAUUUCAAACAUCGCCAUCCUUCUCUAGCGAGCAGCGGAGUGAACGGGGGGACACAACUCUCCAUUCUGAGCAAGAGCAGCUCUCAGAUUCGGAUGUCCAGCAUAAAUGCAGAGAACCUGGCGACAUGAGCAGCUGAGGAGAGCAAAGCAACCAACGAGCAAACCAAAAACCAUCCCUUGAAAAAGAAAAAAAUGAAAUAAUAGUUUUGGUGGUGGUGCAGGUCUCAU